AUGGCCAACUGCUUUUUUCCUUCCAUGGGCACGGUAUACGACCGUGUCAUCCAAGAGGUAUGCGAGGCAUCGCGAGUCGAUUUUGAAGAGGGCGGAGUCGACCAGCAGACGCUGGAAGAGAUGCGACGGAGCUGGCAGCAGAAACUCUCUUCGCUAGGUGUCGCUCAUUUCCCUUGGGACCCCCCUCUCAAGCAGAGCCCUCCUCCCGCACAGCCUUCUAGUGGGCAAAUACUUCCUCCCGCAGCCACAGUACCCUCAAAUGCACCACGGCCGACACCUCCACCUGCACAACCAGCAGUGACACUCCCACCUCCAGUCUCUACCGAAGACCAUACUCCAGUCAUCAAAACUGAACCGGGCCUCAAUGGACAGCAUGUCGGCAUAUCUGGAAAUGGUGGUCCCUCGGCACAACUUGAUGCCCAGGCACUUGCUCGAGAACGUGCCAUGAGCAACCUGCACUCCAAGUAUGGCGCCGCCGCCGCAAACUCAGUGAGUCAGUUGCAAGCACAAAGUCAAGCAGCUCUCUCCUUGCCUGGUCAACAACGUCCUCAAAACGGCAACCCUCACGAUGUGAAGCCUAUUAUGCAACAACCAUACCCAGGCAUAGCACCGCCCCAGAGUGUGUCCUAUCCUCCGCAAACCGACGGCGCCAAUGACGACGCGCUCGCUCAGUGGAAAGCAGAAGUCGCACACCGACGUGAACUCGCCAAACGCAACAACGGCGAAGGGGACCGGAUGCUAAUGGCACAAUUAAAAAUGGACGCUCUUCGUCUUGAAGGUGGUGGCCUCAUGCUUCCUCUUGACGAGCGCUCUUCGUCUGGUCUACCUAGACACAUAAGCUCGGAUCCAAUCACGUCUUCCGCGCAAACUGAUGGCCCCGCCGAUGACGAAGACGAUGAAGAUGCCAUCAACUCUGAUCUUGAUGACCCGGAUGACUUGGUUAAUGACGACCCUGAAGGCGACGAGGCUGUUGGGGAGGUGAUGCUAUGCACAUACGACAAGGUUCAGCGCGUUAAGAAUAAGUGGAAGUGUACCUUGAAAGACGGUAUCCUCUCCACUGGCGGCAAGGAAUACGUCUUCCACAAAGGACAAGGCGAAUUCGAAUGGUAG